AUGCCUUUCAUCUCUAAAAUUGAGCGUCAAUCCGAUUACAAUCGCUUCAGUUCCUCCACUCCCAUCGUCAUUGACAAUGGUGCUUCCUACUUCCGUAUCGGAUGGGCAGGUGAGGCUGAACCCCGUGUUGUUUUCCGCAACAUUGUUCAAAGGCCACGCCAUAAAGCCACAGGAGAAACUGUCACCAUUGUUGGUGACCAUGAUCCGGCAUUAUUGAAAUACUUUGACUGUACUCGCUCUGGACCACGCUCAGCAUUUGACAGUGAUGUUGUUUUCCAGUUUGAAAUAAUGGAAUAUAUUCUGGACUUUGCUUUUGAUCGGAUGGGUGCAACAGGAUCAGAGAUUGAUCAUCCUAUCCUGAUCACAGAAUGUGUGUGCAAUCCAGUUCAGUCUCGAAGUAAAAUGGCAGAACUUCUUUUUGAGACUUAUGGAGUUCCAUCUAUAGCUUUUGGUGUUGAUGCAUCAUUCAGCUAUAAAUAUAACCAACAAAGAAGUGUUUGUGAUAAAGAUGGUCUUGCUAUGUGUCCUGGAUUCGCUACAACCCAUGUGAUUCCGUUUGUUGGCGGGGAGCCAAUUUAUAAAGGGAGUUGUCGUACUAAUAUUGGUGGAUUCCAUGUGACUGAUUAUUUAAAGCAACUUCUUUCACUUAAAUAUCCUUAUCAUUUAGCUAGAUUUACAUGGGAAAAGGUUGAAGACCUGAAGAUGGAACAUUGUUAUGUUGCACAGGAUUAUGUUUCUGAAGCUCGAUUGUUUCAGAAAGGAGCAAAAGAGGCUGAAGAAAAAACCAAAAUGUGGCAGCUCCCUUGGGUGCCACCACCAGUAGAGGAGCCUCCUUCUGAGGAAGAGAUUGCAAGAAAGGCAGCAAUAAGAGAGAAACAAGGUCAAAGGUUGCGGGAAAUGGCUGAGGCAAAGAGGUCAUCAAAAAUAAAUGAGCUGGAAAACGAAUUACGUGGUUUGGAAUUUCUUUUGAAUCAACUUGGACAUGUUCAAGAGAGUGAUGUACCAUCAUUCUUAGCAGAGACUGGCUAUGUCUCUAGGCAGGAAGUAGAAUCUGCCCGUAAUAAAAAUGUGCAAUCCUUACGGAAAGCAAAAGGUGAAGAAAAGAGCGAACAAGCUGAAAUUGAAAAAACUGACCCUAAUGAGAAGUAUACUCUUAUAAACGUCCCUGAUGACAUGCUGACCGCAGAGCAGCUUUUUGAAAAGAGGAAACAGUUGUCAAUCAAAUCUAUGUCUGAUGGGAGGCAGCGAUUAAAACAGAAGCGCCAGGAAGAGGAGCAGGAAAGAGGAAGGAAACAACAGCUAGAGGAGGAGAGACGCCUGGCGAACCCAGAGCUUUACGUGGAACAAUUGCGUGCCAGUUACAACGACCUUUCAGAGAAACUUAACCAACGUAAACGGCUCAAGACAAAUGGAGGUUCCUCCACAAAUGGAAAUGGUUUGGCGGGUAGCGUUGGCCGUGGUGAGAGACUCAAUGCUGCUCAAAGGGAGAGAAUGCGCCUGCUGACUACUGCUGCCUUUGAUCGUGGAAAAGGCGAGGAUACAUUUGGUGCCAAAGACGAAGAUUGGCAACUUUACAAGUUGAUGAGUAAAGAUAAUGACGACGACGAUGAGGAACCAGAUGAGGAUAGCAUAGAGCUAGCCCGCAUCACUUCGAGGCUCCAGGAGUUGGAUCCAACAUUUGUGCCCAAGGUAGAAACAGGAAGCUCCCAACCUGCCGAGGUGCCACGUGUCCGUCCACUCACAAAAGAAGAUUUUCAGAUUGUUUUCGGGAUCGAAAGGUUCAGAUGCCCUGAAAUUUUGUUCAGUCCAAACUGGAUUGGGGUUGAUCAAGUCGGAUUAGAUGAGAUGGCUGGGGUCUCAAUGAGAAGGUUAUCAUGUAAGGACGAAAGGCUUGAAGAGAGAAUGACUAAUUCCAUACUUGUGACCGGUGGAAGUUCUCUUUUCCCUGGCAUAGUUGAACGUCUCGAAGCUGGAAUUCGGAUGAUCAGACCCUGUGGUUCACCUAUAAAAAUAAUUAGAGCACUUGAUCCGGUUAUGGAUGCAUGGCGUGGUGCAUCUGCUUAUGCAUCAACCCCAGGUUUCCACACACAAACAUUCACUAGAAUGGAUUAUUAUGAAAAAGGUGAAGAUUGGCUUCGUAAUUAUCAACUUAAGUAUUCAUUGUGA